AAGAGCAAUGAAGGCUGUUUUCCGGUCAUGUGCUUUUAUCGUUUUGGCAGUAUCCCUCGCAAUCGCUUCUUGUGAGGAGACCAUCGAAGUUUCUGUUGAUAACACUAAUAUUGUGAACUCUGAAUCCGUGGAUUUCCAAUCUCAGAUCAUUUUGUUGAAGAAACGGAUCGAGGAGCUUCGUUCUGAAAACAAAGUUCUGGCGGAGAAGAAGUUUGAAGCGGAGAAAGAGUUGAAGAAGAACAUUGAGAACUACCGGGCUCUCCUGGAGAAGAAGAAGCAGGAAGAGGAGUCGUACGCCAUGAAUCUGAAGGAAAAAGAGAGCAAAAUCAAGUCUCUGAAGGAAGAAAAGGCGGCUCUCCAGAAGCGUUUCAGUACCGAACAGUCCCAAAUCAACAUUCUGGACGCUCUCGUCGACUGUACGGAGCGCUACAUCAUCCCCGCGGGAAUCGCCGUCUACGAAAAGAUCGUGGAAACCUGGGUGUACGGGAAAUCGCUGGUGCUGCGCGGCUGGUCGUUUUUGGUCGAUUUCUGGACGCGCAACCCGACAGUGCAGCAAGCGAAGCAGCAGACCGCUGCGCUGUAUGAGUCGAAGCUUCAUCCCUACGUGCUGAAGGCGAAGGACGCGAUCACUCCGUACGCUGUAACGAUGAAAGACGCGAUCACUCCGUACGCGGAGAGCAUCAGGGAGCGUGUGGAGCCGGUUGUUCGUUCCUACUACACGCAGGCCGUGGCGGCGACGCCGGUGUACGCGGCCAAGGCGAAGGAAGCGAGCGUGAAGUACGGAGAAAUGGCGUUCACGGCCGCCGUGCGGGGGUAUGAGAAGGUCUACAGGGCGAUGGAGGCGUCCGCGGUGGGUUCUUUUACGGAUGUCGUGGCGUAUGCGAUUAUGGUGGCCGUUCUCACGAUGGUCGUUCGCAUGGUGAUCGUCGUGGUGUGUGUCGUGCUCUAUCUGUUGUGUCCCUUCCGAUGCUGCAGACAAGGUAAGUGCUGCAAGUGCUGCAAGUGCUGCAAGUCCUGCAAACGGGGCAAGUGCUGCAAGUCCUGCAAGUGUUAA